AUGGGCUCAUUAAAAUACACAUAUCUCCAACGACGUGAUGGAUCCGACUUCACGGACGGCGGACCACCAUAUUCAAUGAAUCAGCUACUGUUUGUCCUCUUCACCCUCGUGCUCAUGGCUGCGCUAUGCUCCCUGGCUCUCUGCUUCCUUCGUCGGCGACGACUAGCCAGAGAGCGUGCGACACUCUUACCGACUCAUCACCAGACCGCGCAUCAUCGCUCUGCGUCGAUCAGGCAUAUCGGUCACCAGGACAAGAACGAGUCCAUAUUUGUUUACGAUGAAAAGAUGAACCUGAUCCACAACUCCUCGAGCCCUCCGUCCGCAGCAGUUCCGGAAAUCCACAUCACCUUCCCCGACGAGGAGGGCAAGACUGGCCUUCAGAAAGGGCGUGUCGUCGUGGUCCAUGUUACCGAUUCGGGCAGUGUCGGCAUGGAACCGCUCAACCAAGAGAAUCUGCCACCUUAUCAGAAAGAAGAUGUCGAGCGAUUUCAAUCCCUUGACCUCGAUCGGAUAGGUGGGCUCAGGGAGAAGGAGCCGUUGAGCCAGAGGUUCUCAUGA